GGUCCGUCCCGUCGGUGCGGAUGGCGACGCGCGGCGCGGGCCCGUGGCUGCUGCUGCUGCUGCUGUCGGCGGUGCUGUGCGCGACGGCGGCGGAGCCGCGCUGCCCAUCGUGCGCGGCGGGAGCGGAACGGCGGCUGCUGGAGGAGGUGGCCAAGCGGCAGCUGCUGGAGAAGCUGCGGCUCCGUGACCGGCCGCGGCUCGUUCACGCCGUGCCCCGCGCCACCGUGGUCCGCGCCCUGCGGCGGCUGCAGGCGGGCAGCGCCCGCCGGGGCCCCGACGACGACGACGGAGAGGAGCAGGGCUACGAGAUCAUCAGCUUCGCGCAGCCAGAGCCCACGUCUCCCUCUCGCUUGGGGCUGCAGUUCCAGUUCAGCCGCACGCAAGACCAGGACGUUCAUAUCCUGCAGGCUCAGCUCUGGCUCUACCUUCGAGUCCCACGAGAACCGGUAGCCAGCCUCACCCUGCGAAUCUUCCUGGCUGGUGGGGAAGGUGAUUUGGUGGGGGGCAAUCGCACGCUGCUGAAUGAGAAGCAACUGAGUGUGCGGGGCAGUGGCUGGCAUGCCUUCACCCUCAUGCCUGCCCUGCAGAGUUUCUUUGGGGGAGAGCAGAGGACCCUGCGGCUGGAACUGGAAAGCCACGGGGAUGGGGGUGAUAUGGCAAUAGUCAAUGCCAGCUGGUCCCACCAGCCCUUCUUGGUGGCCAAGGCAAAGGUGAGAGAACCAGGUCACCACGUGGCCAAGCGCAGCCUCCGCUGCAGCCAGAACUCCAACCUCUGCUGCCGCAAGGACUACUAUGUGGAUUUCCGAGACAUUGGUUGGAAUGACUGGAUCAUUAAGCCUGAGGGCUACCAGAUAAACUACUGCGUGGGCCAGUGCCCUCUACACGUGGCCGGCAGCCCUGGGAUGGCCUCUUCUUUCCACACAGCUGUCUUCAACCUUGUCAAAGCCAACAAUGUCCAGGCAUCGGGGCACUCUUGCUGUGUGCCCACACGACGCCGGCCACUCUCUGUCCUCUACUUCGAUCGUAACAGCAACAUUGUCAAGACUGACAUCCCUGACAUGAUUGUUGAUGCCUGUGGCUGUAGUUAGGGUUGAGGGAGCUGUGCUGGGUACCCCCCUUCUCCAGGACUGUCUGUUUGGUGGUGGGGGAAGAUGGGGAGCUCCCUUGAGCUCAGGCAGUGGAGCAAUGGACUCCUUUGGAAAGGUUGGGUGGGAGGGAGAAGGUCUCAUCAGAGGGAGCAGAGAGUCUCCAGAGAGAACCUGGAGCAGGGGUCUCUGGGGUCACAUAGGACAGAGCCAAGGACACAUCAGGCCGCUGAGCCUGAGCUGAGGGUGGUUGGUGGCUCUGGGCAUCCCUGCUCUGACCGGCAGCACCCCUCGGGUCCCAAACUGACCCCACAUUUCUGGUGGUCAUGUUCCCCUUGGUGUGUGGGGUGAGGGACCCCGUCUUUGCUCACAUUCAGAGUAGCUGGUGACACUUUGGGACUCAGCCUCCUUGAGAGCAGAGUGGAAUGUGGGAAUGGGUCUCUUUCCUCCAAGUGGGAAACUGGAGGAUGAGAGGCAGUCCCGCUCUUCUCCCCUACUGCAACAAACCUUCCUGCAUCCCAUUUGGGCCUGGUGUUGGGGACGGGUGGAAUCAGGCACAAAUAACAGCCCUGGAAGAAGAGGGUGGAGGGUAUGACUUUGUCAAGAACCCCCAAACCGCAGUGACUGGACAUGGUGGAGGAUGACCUUGCUUCCUGACCAGAUCCUGUCUUAUUUCCCUUUUUAUUUCCCUGGCGUUUGUGCUUUUCUUCCCUGCUGCCCACCCUACCAGCCAGGUCUCUUCCAGCCUAGUGCCUCACAAGGAGGUCUGACUCAGGAUUUGCCUUUAAGACCAUACUAAAGGUACAGAUUUUUACUUGUACCUCUCGUUUUGCAGCUGUUACUAUUUCUAUGGUAGAGAUUUCUGCAGCUGUUGGGACUCCCUGGUGCUCCAUCCUAUCUACCCACCUCUCUGCUGAAGAUCCCACUCUGCCCUUGCCUUUCUGAUACUAACGCACGAAUGCACCCACAUGGUCUGUGCUUCUAAUUUAUUUUAAUACUUUGGUGCAGCUUCCCAAAUAAAUGGGUGGAAAUGCAACACCUGGGCUCUGA